CCCCGCUGUACGACCCGCCGGUGCGACGGAGCGCCGAUCGCUGCAUGCUCAGCGCUCAGCUGUCCGGCAGCAGUAGCAGCAGCUUGUCUGCCUAUCUGAGCCUCUCAACCACCUGACUAUCAUCGUCCAUCUCUGUUGAUCGCACGCCAGCAUCGGGCCGGCCAAGUGCACAGCUGCGCGCAAGACUGAGAUGCUCGGAGGUGGCAGUAGCGCUCAGGCCAGCAACUCAUCUGGCUCACGCUACAUGCCGCAGCCAGCAGCCAGGCCGAGCGCGAGCUCGUCUGGUCCGCAUGGCUACCCAGCCAAGAACUGGACGCCCUUGGCCCCAGAAUUUCGCGAUGUCACCCUCGGCCGCUUGCGUCAGAUGGAAGGCGGCAAUUACGGCUCGCUGAACCUGUCGUCUGUCUUGUUUGAGGAUCGUCAGUCUGGCAAUGACGUGGUGAGCAUGCAAGUCUGGACGCCAGAGAAUGGCAAGCCGCGUGUCAAGCCCACCUUUGAGCAGGCUGUUCGUGCGAAAGGCUACGUGCCGUUUCACAAAGGCGACAAGCUUGGACCGAGUUGGACGAACCACUGGGUCAAGGUGACCCUGCGUGUGCCCGACACGCCACUCUAUAGCAAGGCUGAGCGCGUCCAGUUCGAAUUUGACCCAUCUUGCGAGGCUAUGAUCUAUUCGACCGAAGGGCUGCCCUUACAAGGGAUUACAGGCGGCUUUGGCGUCGACCGUAGAGUGGAGUAUAUUCUCAGUCACAGAGCUCGCACGUCUGUACAUCAUUUCUAUAUCGAGGUCUCUUGCAAUGGCAUGUUUGGCGUCGACAGCCCGAACGAAGAUUUUGAGCUCAAAUCUGCCGACAUUGUCAUUCCUCGGAUGUCAGCUUGGCACCUUCUCUGGGACUUUCGCGUCCUUCGGGACCUCGCGUCAACGCUGCCAAGCAAUUCGAGCCUAGGUAACAAAGCGAUGAUGGUGGCGGUCGAGAUUGCCAACACCUUUGACAGCCAGCGUCAUGAAAGUAUCGAGACCUGUCGCACAAUCGCAGAGAAGGUCUUGGGCAAAGGGUGGCAAGCUCUUGGUUCCAAAGUUUACGACGAGGACACUGCGGUCUUUAAGCCUCAGGUGAUCGGUAUGGGCAACUGUCACAUCGACAAUGCUUGGCUCUGGCCAGUUAGCUGUACGCAGCAGAAGGUUGCCAGAUCCUGGUCGACCCAGUGCGACCUGAUGCGACGCUACCCAGAGUACAAAUUUGUCGCCAGUCAGGCGCAGCAGUACAAAUAUUGUGAGACCCUGUAUCCGCAGCUCUUUGAGGUCAUCAGAGGCUUCGUCGACAAAGGCUCCUUCCGGACUAUCGGAGGCACCUGGGUCGAGAUGGAUACGAACAUGCCCUCGGGCGAAGCCUUGUGUCGUCAAUUCCUCUUUGGCCAAUCCUACUUCAAGUCACGCUUUGGCAAAUACUGCGAGACGUUCUGGCUGCCGGAUUCAUUCGGUUAUUCCACUCAGCUGCCUCAGCUCGCGCGAUCGGCUGGCAUGCCCUUUUUCUUCACACAAAAGCUGUCGUGGUCGCAGUUCAACGACUUUCCUCGCACAUCGUUCAACUGGGUUGGACUCGAUGGCACCCAAAUUGUUACGCACAUGACGCCUGUGAACACAUACACUGCCCAAGCAAGCGUUGACGAUGUUAACAAUGCCGUCAAGCGUCACAAGGAUCUUCAGAGCACAGAUACUGGUCUGCUUGCGUUUGGUAACGGCGAUGGUGGAGGUGGCCCGCUUGCGCAGAUGCUCGAGGGUCUGCGCCGCAUAAGAGCAGUAGCCAACAAUGCCGACAACUCUCCAGAUGUGCCAAAAGUCACAAUGAACAAGACCGUCGAUGAAUUCUACAAGGACAUUGUGGAGCAGACGAACGCGGGCAGGCGGCUUGCAACUUGGCAAGGCGAGCUGUACCUCGAGCUGCAUCGUGGCACGCUCACUUCGCAUGCGCCCAUCAAGCGCUAUAACCGCAAGCUAGAGCGACUUCUGCACGACAUUGAGUAUUUCGCUACGCUCGCCUCUUUGGCAAACGAUUCGUAUCGCUAUCCGAAGGCAGCGCUUGACAAAGUCUGGGAGACCGUUCUGACUAAUCAGUUUCACGACGUCUUGCCGGGAAGCGCGAUAGGCAUGGUCUAUGACGAUGCGAUGACCAGCUAUGCUAAGGCUGCUGUUCGCGGCAAGAAGCUACUAGAGCUGGCUUUCGAAGCACUCUUGCCAGGCAGCUCACCGACGCGUGACAGUACCAAGGCGACACAUACCUAUCAAGCGACUGAAGGCAACAGCGAUGUUGAUCACGCGAGGCGAAGUUCGGCAGCGCUCGGUGACGACUAUCUACACUCGCCCGCCUAUCAGAAUGCAAAGGGCGAGUAUGUCUUGUCUGAUCAGAAGCUUCGUGCUACAUUUUCGAGCAAGGGCAGACUUGUCAGCCUACGUGACAUCAAGCAGGCCCGCGAGCUCAUUCUGGCAGGUCGCUCUGGGGGGCUCGUUCUCUUUCAAGACAGGCCCCUCAAUUGGGAUGCAUGGGACGUCGAUGUCUUUCACCUUGAGACGCCAACGCAUCUAGAGGCUCACGAAGUCAUGCUGUCGGAAGACGAGCAAUCCGUCUCACUCACUUACAUGCUGGGCCAAUCGCGAAUCGAACUCAAUUGCAAACUCGGCAACGACUCGCUAGAGUUUGCGGCGAAAGCAGAUUGGAAAGAGCGACACGUCUUCCUCAAAUUUGAGCUGCCGACGACUCUUCGCGCAGACAGCGCCCGCUUCGAGACGCAGUUCGGCUUUAUCUCUCGACCGACGCAUCGUAACACUACUUGGGAUGCAGCCAAAUUUGAAGUAUGCGGACAUCGCUUCGCGGACCUGUCUGAGGCAACUUACGGAAUCGCGCUUCUCACCGACUGCAAGUACGGCUACGCAGUCGAAGGCAGCACGAUGCGACUGUCGCUGUUGCGCGCCUCGACUUAUCCCGAUCCGCAACAAGACCAAGGCACUCAUACCUUUAGGUUUGCCGUCUACCUGCACGCCUGCGACUUCCUGCAGAGCGAUGUAGUGCGAGUCGCUGCCAAAUUCAAUGACACCCAGUAUCAUCGGAUACAAAUUCCACGCAAGCCCCUUGAAGUCCUGCCGAGCUUCGUACUACAUGGUGCAGGCAACAACGUCGUGCUCGACACGAUCAAGCGAGGCGAAAGCGAUGAUUACGAGAGCAAGACUGCAGCUGGCGGGCGCUCGGUCAUUCUGAGAUUCUAUGAAGCCCUCGGCGGCACACGUCGCUUCGAAGUCCAUACUAAUGUCGCGUUCAAGUCCGCUACGUUUGUCGAUAUUCUGGAGCGGCCAAACGGCAAAAAGGCCCCUGCCGUCUCGAUGGUCAACGGCUUAUCACGCAUCAAGCUCAUCAUCGGCGUCUUUCAGGUCAUCACACUCAAGCUGGACUUGUAGUCGCGAUCGCAGCGUAAGAUAUACAUGCAGUCAUAACUUGCUUCUGAGCGC